AUGGAAAACGCUGUUGGCGGUGAAGACGAGAACGCAGUCGGUCUAUCAAAGCCACUUGCCGUUAGCGGUUGCAGAGGCGGUUUGCAGUGGCCACUCAGCGACCUUUACGUUGAUGGCGGCUGGCACUGGAUGGAGGGGCACGGCUUCUCCUGCAGCUCCCCCGCUGACAUAGCCUUUGGUCGCAACGAGACCGCAGACCGCAGCUUUGAAGCUACGGAGUCUUCUUUACCACUCCUUUCCCACACCCGGCCUUUAAACAUCCCACCCGCAAGACAGACAAUGGCGGGCACAGACUCGGAUCCUGAAGACGCCAUCACCAAGGAUGAGAUCCAAGGGACCGCCGCCGCGCCUGCACAACCGCGAAAUGCGUUCGCAGAGCUCAUGACACGAAAACGCAAGCCCGAACCGACCCUAGAACCUCCCAAGGCUUCUUCUCGAAACAAGCCCCCUCACACAAGCCGCGAUGGCCUUGGUGUAUACAUCGAAAACCCGUCCUCCUUCCCUGCCUCGCGAGUGAUCUACCACAAUGACGAUUUCGUCGCCAUCAACGACCUGUACCCGAAAGCCAGCGUCCACACGCUACUGCUCCCUCGAUCCCCCAAAUACACCCUCCUUCAUCCGUUCGAAGCCUUUGACGACCCCGAGUUCUUAGCGACGGUACAAAAUGAAGUCUUGAAGCUGAAGGACCUCGUAGCCAAAGAGCUACAGCGACGGUUCGCAACGGAAAGCAAGGCCGAGGCAGAUCGAGAAGCCGUGCUCGACGGACGCGCAGAGCCGACAGGCGCCGAGCUUCCCCAGGGCCGUGACUGGCACGCCGAGAUUAUUAGCGGCAUACAUGCGCAUCCAAGCAUGAACCAUCUGCACGUCCACGUACUUUCGCGAGACAUGUAUUCCGUGUGCUUGAAGCAUCGCAAGCACUACAACUCCUUCAAUACCCCUUUUCUGGUCGAUGUUGCCGAUUUUCCACUGGCCCCGGACGACCCCAGGCGUCAUCCCGGCCACGAGGGCUACCUCAUGAAGAUGGACCUUGUUUGCUGGAGGUGCAAGGAUAACUUCAAAAACCAGUUUGCGAAGCUGAAGCAGCACCUCUCCCAAGAAUUCGAGCGCAACAAGGGGGCAAAUGAGCAAAAGCAAAGCGUGGAGCAGCACAACCUCAGCCCAAAGACGGAAGGUUGCGUCUUCACAAUAACAACCAUAGAAGGGCGGGAGAGGACCAGGACCGUCAUCGACACCAAGCCCACUAAACAAAUCGGAAGCGAUACCCCAACGCCUUCUUAUGUUUUCCCCAGUGUCCGCCAGACGAAAAAUCCCAAGAUCCCGUGCGAAAUGUAG